AGGGUCUUGCCGUGUUUGUCUGUGCUUUAUCACUUCUGCUUCCGGUUCUAACUUUAUUUCCUACUCAUUCCUAUUGCAGGACGUCACUUCGUUUCUAGAGCAUUUUUUUAUUGCAGUGCUUAGCUUUGUAGAAAAGUUUUCAGCUACAAUAGACACCAUGACAGGAAGAAGUUUUUCUUUAUCAUAGCAAAAGUAGAGCACCCAGCAACUACAAAAUGUCUGGCGGCUCCGGCGGUGGGCGUUCCAAGAAGGUGAAUGGAAAGGUAAUAGUUGCUGGUGCCGCGAACACGGGGAAAACUUGCCUGAUAGAACGGUUUGUCCGGAACGUAUACAUCGCUGACGAUCCCUCUCACGGGCCGACACUGGGAUGUGACUGCCUCCAGAAGAGCGUUUUUGUGGACGACACAGAGGUGUACCUGUUUCUCUAUGACACAGCCGGACAGGAGCGAUUCGCCGACAUGGCAGCCUCUUACUACCGAUGCGGCGACGUCUGCUUACUGGUUUUCGACCUCGCAAAUCCGGCGAGCUUCGACCACAUAAAAUGGUGGCAGAAAAAGGUGAGGUUUUGAAGAGGGAAAAAAAUGGCUGUCUUUUCCACCUUGAUUUCUUGCAUGUGCUUGUACUGUUUCUGUGAAAUUUGAAUCCAUUGCUCCCGAAGUAGACCACGAGAUAGCAAAAGCAAAUCCAUCGCCAUCGCAGGUCUGGGAGUACAAUCCCCGCUGCAGCUUCGUCCUAGUGGGCUGCAAGGAGGACCUGAUACAAGAAGAAGGUGGCAACGAGCGCUUCGCCGUGAUGAGUCGGUGGGCCGAGUCUGCGGGCAUGCCAUUUUUCACCACAAGCGCGAAAAAGGGCGGCUCCGCAAUUCAGUUUCUCUUUUACUCGGUGGCGGAGAAAUGUAUACGACAAGCGAGGGAGAAGCAGCUACAGCAGGAAGAGAAAAACAAGGAAGCCGGCGAAAACAGCGGUCACAUUCUCAGCUCUUUCGGCCCGUCGCAAUUCGAAUACGACGACUUUCGAGAAAGCUGCUCCAGCCGCUGCUACCCAGCGAAUUGAGAAAAAAGCUUUUCAUACAUUCAUGCGACAUAGAAUUCUUGGCGACAUUUUCAUUCCUUCCAUGGACGCUUUCGCUUCAUGACAUGCUCAUCGUCGUGGCUGCGGUCUUCAUCUACAAG